UCCCAGAUGGAGAAGGGUAUGAACACCCUGGGACAAAUAAUGAGUUAUACUGCAGCUCAGCUCAGCACCCAGUUCCAUACCCACAUAUUCUCUGUCCUAAUCAUGCAUGAUCACACUUGGAUCAUCAGAUGGGAUAGGGAGGGGGCUAUCAUCAGCAGUGCCAUCAACUACAAUAACAAGCCAGACUUGGCUGACUUCUUCUAUCAUUACACACAGGCAUCACCUGAAAUGCAUGGUGUUGAUACUCCCAUCAUGCUUGCUGGUGACAAGGAGGCCUACCACUCAUAUGUUCAAAGUUGA